GACAGACAGCCCAGCUACACUGGAGGGCGCAGCUUCUCUGUGCCAGCAGCUCCCCCAGCUGCACCUUUUCCGGCUCAAGGGGCAGGUCUGGCUGUACCAGGAAGCGGCGCUGAGCGCAUGGGUGCAGUUCCUCACCUCCGUUCUCCGUAAUUCAUGGGACUUCAUACAAGAAGACAGCAUGAUGCAAAGGUAGCAAGAAAAGGAAUACAUGACAAGGGGAAAAGUCCUGCCUCGGCAUGUUUACCUGGAGAGUGGGAGUCCUGAUGGUACUGUGCUUCCUGCGGCAGACCAGAGCAGGUCAUGUUCAACCUCCCCCUCCUCAAAACGUUACACUGCUGUCAAAGGAUUUUGACAUGAUUUUGACAUGGACUCCAGGAGAAGGCUCUCCACCAGACCUGACCUACACUGUGAGGUAUGAAAGCCAGGAAUCCAUGGGCAAAUGGAGAAAGACUCCUCACUGCAAAAAUAUUCACAGAACCUCUUGCAAUCUGACUUGUGUGCUUCCAAGCCUCUUUGUCAAAGUCCGGGCUCGAGUCAAAGCUGUUUCUGGAGGGUUCUCAUCGCCAUGGGUAGAAUCCCAAUUCAAGGAAUAUCACUUGGAUGUGGAACUGGCUCCUCCGGUGCUACACAUGGAUGUGAAGGAGAACUUAAUCCAUGUGAAUGCCUCCUUCCCUCUGGCCACCUGUGUGGAGAGUUUCCCUUGGACCUAUGACGUGAACCUUUGGCAAGCUGGAUCUGAAUACAAGAAGCAAUAUGAAGGUAUCUUUAGGAAGAAAACAUUGUCUAUCGACACCACUGCACUUGAAGGCAACUACUGUUUAAGUGCCAGAUCUUCCUACCAAAGCAUUGAGUUCAAGUACAGCGAGUUCUCCCAACCAGUGUGUGUGCUGUUACAGCACAAAGCAGGAAAAUGGAAGUUGUCAUUUUCUGCCUCUAUCCCUGUGUUUGUCCUCCUCGUCCUUCCAUCAAGUGCCUUCAUCACCUGCUUGCUGAAACAAGAUGCUAAGCACAAGAAGAUGCCUGAUGCUUUGGAUUUAUCUCAUUUAAAAGCUGCUGGACAAGCCUUUCACUAUGAGCCCAGUGAAAAGGAAUUCUUCAGGGACUAUCUCAUCUGCACAAAGAAGCCAGUGUUCCAAAGGGAGACAAACAAAACUUCAGCAAAGAACAAGCUACCAUGGAUGGCUUCUUUCAUUUCAUCAUCAUCUUCAGAAGAAGAAGAAGAAGAGGAGGAAGAAGACAGCAGUACUUUCAUCCCAUACACUGAAAUGCACUUUGCAAAGAGACAUCUCAACUGUCAACCAUCCAGAAGAGCUCAGGAGAAAAUUAGCUUGGAUUCUGGAGCUGGAGGUCUCUCUUUGGAGAGUGAAUCUGUGCUUGACCUGAGUGCCUUGGAUUUCUCGUUCUUUCCAAUGAGAAAGGAUGAGGUGGACACCUCAGGAUCCCAAGGAAAUGAGAAGUCAUCCCUUUCUCACAGUUCCUAUUUGGGAAGAAUAUCCCUCACUGAUGUGAGAUUCCCAGAUCUCAGGGAAUAUGGUGAGCAUGAUACAGACAGGGAUGAAUGCCUGGAAAUGACCCCUCUUCAAACACAGAUGGAGAGGACUUGUGACAAACUUAGCACUGAUGAGCACUACCUGCAGAGGAAGGAUCAUCAUUUCACCAAGUAUUACCAGAAAUCACCAGAUGAUCUGCAUGUCCAGAUGGGUGAGAUACCACAGCUCUGUGAGGACCCCAGCACCAAGCUGCUCUUUUCCUUUCAAAGAUCACAGGUGGCAGAAGAUGAAGGCAUUGCAAGUGACUGUGACAGUGAUAAUUUUACUGAGGGGACACCUCCUGCAUCCACGGUGCUCAGUGAUGCAUUUGAAACUUCAAAUAUAGAGGAAAAAUAUGAUCACAAGUUUAAAUUCAAAGGCUAUGAGCAGACCCAUUAUAUGAGGAGGAGCUAGAGUACCCCUGCAGUUCUGUGGUGUGUCUGGAAUAGGUUAGAGAGCUCCCUAUGUCCAAGCAAGGCUGCCUAAAUAAGGACGAGUAACUGACAGUGAUGCUUUUCCUGUUUAUUCACCUAGACAGAGUUUUUGUCCUGGUGUCUGGCCUAUCAAGGCAUAUGGCUAAUAGUGUAUUUUUACUGCUAAGUCAUGAAUGUACGUGCAGCAUCCCCCUGUACAAGUAAGUGCAGCUGUGAUGAGGUGUUGAGGCUCUGGAGUGAAGCAGCAGCAAUACCUCCUGCAGGUACCACCCAGAACACACACACGGUGCCAUGUGUUCUCUUGAGACUUGAGAGCAAGGUAUCUUUUACAUGUGAGCUUUGAAAGGCAGAAGCACCUCUGAGACAGCAAAACCACAACCAGGACCUGCGUGAAGCCAUCAGCUGGGUUCUGGAAGCAAAGAUUGUGUCUGCUUGUGGAUUUGGGGGCAGGAGAGAAUCAUAAAAUGUUACAUUUGCUUCUCCAUAACUGCAAAACUGCACCCUUGCUUGGCUGCGAGCACCUUCCAGAGACACUUUGCUUCUAGAGAAACAGUCUUUGCUUUUGGGGGGAUGAAAAGAUCUCCACCUCAGCCUAUAGAGAUCACCUUCUGUGUUUCAACAGAGUGAACUGAAGUCAAAGUGAGAAAUGUGCAGUUUAUUUAUUUUUGUUUUUAUACAAAUACACUUAUUGAUGCUUAAAUUCCCCCUGCUGUGCAGAAUGUCUGAGAGCUGCUUUAUACAGAGGCAAUAAUAUUUUGAUAUAUAACUCCA